UUGUGACAUCCCUAGCCCGGCACGCGUUUUGCCGCUGCUUUCAAACACGAUUUUGUUGAUCAACAAGAAGAACACGAAUCAACUUGAAAAAUUUACGCAAGUUCGUUCUUUUUUAUGUCUUGAAUGUUUUACUUGAAAUUGUACAGUUCUUAGUCCCUCACAAUGCCAACCGUGUCGCUCGCUUCCAUCGAGAGUUUCAGCAGCGAAGAUCCGAACUUCCCUGCCUCAAACCUGCUCGCCAAGGAAACGCGCCGCUGGAAGUGCCGCGACGCGGGUGAGAAGAGUGCCUUCGUCGUGUUCCGGCUGGACGGGGGCGCCGUUUGCAUCACCGGAAUCGACAUCGGUAACGAGCACUCGGCGUUCGUGGAGGUGCUGGUGGGGCGGAGCGGUCCUGCGGUGCCGGAGUUUAAGGAGAUUUUGCUCACCUCGUCGUUUAUGAGUCCGAUCGAGAGCCGCAACUCCACGAACAGUGGACGGGUGCGAUGUUUCACGGCGAAGGAACUAGUGGAGUCGGUGGCCAGGGAGCGGUGGGAUUUGGUGAAGGUUAUUUGUACGCAGCCGUUCAACAGUCGGGUUCAGUACGGGGUGGCUUUUGUGACGUUGCACUCGGGUGGGGGCGAGCGGAAGGACAAACCGCUGGUUCCGGCCGCGUUUCAGCGGCAGAUCCAGGAGGAGGGAUUGAAGAAGGAACCAUCGAGGGUGGUUCAGCUGGGGAGGUUUAAGCUGCGGGAGGAAUCUCCCGAUUCGGACGAGGGAAGCGAGGGGUUGUUUGCGCGCUGGAAAGCGGCGCGAUCCGGUGCGGAUUCGCAACCCGUCGCGAGUAAACCCGCAACGACCCCGGCCAGGGCAGCGACGUCUACGGCGGCAGCGAUUCGGGACGCGUCGACGCCGGCGGCUAUUAGGAACUCGUUGGCCUCCCCACAAGCAGCUAAAAUGACGACCAAAAUCACGCCAAAGCCGAAGCCACGACUGUUUGACGACGAUGAGGGAAAGGAAGAAGCGACGGUCAAGCCUCGGGACCGGAACCGGGACGCCCUGCUGUACGACAAGGAAGACGACAAGCCGAACGAAAAGCUGGAACGCAAGCUGGCCGAAGAUCGUGCCCGGAAGCAGCGCGAAAAGGACGCCAAGGAGGAGCGUGAGAAACGAGAGCGGUCUUUAUCGGAGAAGAAGAAGGAAAAGCUUCACGACACGUCGGCGACCAAGUUUAAGAACUUUCUCUUUGACGAACCGGAAACUUCGUCGGAGAAGAAGAGCUCCUCCGAGAAGGAUCGUCGCAAGGACGAGGAAGCGAAGCGGAGUCGCGAUCGGGAGAAAAAGUCGUCGCCGGAGCGGAAGAAGCGACCGACGGAGUCGUCCUCCGGCAGUCGGGACCGGACAUCCGACAUCAAGAAGCCAAAACUGGACAGGGAUCGGGAAGAGGACGAAGAGCGGACGCGAAAGCCGGUGACGUACAAGUCAUUAAACAAUUUGUUUGAAAAGGUGGUGCUCGUGAUUAGCGGGAUUCAAAAUCCGGAACGGGCCAACCUGCGGAAUCAGGCGCUGGCCAUGGGAGCCAAGUACAAGUCCGAUUGGGAUUCAAGCUGUACCUACAAUUUGAUUUGCGUCUUCAAAAAUACCCACAAGUACAACCAGGUCUACGGCUACGGUAAGAUCGUACGCAAGGGGUGAAUCGAACGGUGCCACGCACUGCGCAAACGCCUCUCGUGGCGCAAGUUCGCCCUCGAUUCGGACGACGCGGAGCGCUCGGACUCCGAGGGGGAAAUCGUGGACGAAGCGCGCCGGCCAAAGCAGGAUCCGCCCCAACGUGGUAGUUCGCCGGUUAAGGAUCCCUCUCCCCGCAAAGAAACGGACGAGGAAGCACUGGCGCACUACGAUCUGGACGAUGUGGCGAUCGUGGAGGACAAGCCACCCACGUACGAACUGUCCGGGUCGGACACGGAGGAGGAGAUCGAGCGGGUCAAGCAGAAACAGCGCGAGCAGGUCAAGGAUAGGAGUGAAGUGUACGAUAAGAGUACCGAGGAGGAAGAGGGGCAGAAUGGUGGUGAGGAGAAGGAGAAGCAGCUGGACUUUUUCAAGCGGAAACGGUUCCUGCUGGACGACGACGUGGGUGCCGUGGAUGUGAUCAAGCUGGAGCGGUACGUGGAGCUGUACAAAGGCUCCGUCACGAAAAGCAUCGCCGAGGCGGAUUACGUGGUGACACGCACCCAGAAGCCCCUCCCCGCCAGCUUCAAGGGCGAGCUGGUCAAACCACUUUGGGUGUACGAAUGUCACGACAUGGAGUGUCUGAUUCCGACGCAACGCUACAAACCUUAG